CUUCCCCUCAACUUCAAAAUGACGCUCUACCUCGGUCGCAAUAAGAAGCUAUGCUUGCAUCAUCGUUUACUUGGCCUGGAGAUAAGAAUAAUGUAAAUAUAGCAUACAUGAAUGCGCCCCGAAUCUCCAUUGUGAUAUCUAACCUACCUCACGAAUAAACCGGUAAGUUGCAAUGAAGUUAACAAAAUUGGCAUUCUUUGCGCCGUUGGCAGUAGCAUCGUUAUUUCAACCUAGUAUUUCCGUCUCCCGAGCUGCAGAGAUCAAUUACGACGGGUACCAUGUUUACAGCGUUACACCUUCGUCUGCCCAAGAAGCCCACGACAUAGCAAAGCGUUUCUCGGCCUACAAUACGCAUCCGGUACGCGAUACACUAUCCGUUGCCAUUCCGCCACAUGAAGUAGAGUCCUUCGUUGCCCUAGGCUUGAAAGCUCGUCUUGUGAAUGCGGAUUUGGGUAGAUACAUCCGCUCCACAGACAAGAGCUCGCUAUACAAACGCGAGCUUCACAAGCGUGGCGAACUGCCAGAACUAUCGUGGUUCGACACAUAUCACCCAUACGCGGAUCAUUUGCAGUACUGGGAUGACCUGGUGCACGCAUUUCCCCGAAACUUGAAGAAGUUCUCGAUUGGCAAGAGCUAUGAGAACAGGACUAUCUAUGCGUUUCAUCUGCAUGGCGAUGAGAAGAAAUGGCAUGGGAAGGGCAAGGAUGACAAACCUAUUAUCCUGUGGCAUGCCACUGUUCACGCAAGAGAAUGGAUCUCCACCAUGGUGAUCGAAUACUUGACUUACCAGCUGAUAGACGGCUACAAGCGUGACGAUGCCAACGUAACUGCUUUCUUAGACUACUAUGACUUUUACCUCGUGCCAUUCCACAACCCUGACGGCUUCUCCUACACCCAAACAAACGACCGCCUCUGGCGUAAGAAUCGCCAACCCCGUCCAACCUCAAACAGCACUUGUAUAGGCACGGACCUCAAUCGCAACUGGAAAUUCGAAUGGGAUGCUGAGCCACCCUCGGGCGGAUCGACGCCUGAUCCAUGCGGACAGACCUACCGCGGUUUGGCACCUGGCGAUACCCCAGAGAACAAAGCCCUCGAUGGCCUCUCAGCUAAACUGUCAAAGAAGGGUGCAGGUAUUCGCUCCUUCAUCGACUUUCACUCUUAUAGCCAGCUCAUCCUCACGCCUUACGGAUAUUCCUGCGACCCUCUUCCAGAGAGCCUACCCCGUAUGCUGGAAGUAGCGGGUGGCACGGCAAGGGCGAUAGAAGGUGCGAGUACAAGAAACAGUACAUAUAAGUUUGGUCCCGGGUGUCAAAUUCUCUAUUUUUCCACUGGAAAUUCACGAGAUCACCAUUAUGGCGUGCAUGGCGCGAAUCAUUCUUGGACGCUGGAGUUGAGCCCUACCGAUCUGGCCGGUGGUGGGUUUGUGCUGCCACCUGAGCAGAUUUGGCCGGUUGUCAAGGAACAGUGGGCUGGGCAGCUGUGGUUGUUGAAUGAUGUUUGGGAAGAUUGA